AUGCGUUCUCCUGAGGACGAGUACCAGAAAAAUGCGUCCGAGCAAGAGAACGACGAUCAGGAGGACGCGUCAGACAAGGCAGACAGAGGCGAGGACCAGGAGGACGCAACGGACCAAGAGGACGAGGACCAGGAGGACGCAUCGGAUCAAAAGGACGAAGACCAGGAGGACCAAGGAUGCAUCGGAAGAGGAAGCAUCAGACCAGGAGGACGUGUUGGACCAGGAGGAUACAUCGUACGAGGACCAAGAGAAUGCAUCAAACCAGGCACACGUGUCAGACCGAAGGAUGCGUCGGACCAAGAGAACGAGGACCAGGAGGAUGCGUUGGACCAGGCGGACACGUCAGACUGGAAGGACACGUCGGACCAAGAGGUCGAGGACCAAGAGGACGUGUCGGACCAAGAAUACGAAGACCAGGUGGACGCAUCAGACCAAGAGAAUGAGAACCAGGUGGACGCGUUGGACCAAGAGGACACAAAGGACCAAGGCGAGGACCAGAAGGACGCAUCAGAUCAACAGGGCAAGGACCAGAAGGACGCAUCGGAUCAACAAGACGAGCACCAGGACGACGCAUCAGACCAAAAGGACGAGGACCAGGAGGACGAGGACAAGACGAGUACCAGAAGCACACGUCUGAGCAAGAGAACGAGGACCAGGAGGACGCGUCGGACAAGGCGGAAACGUCAGACAGGAAGGACACGUCGGACCAAGAGGAUGUGUCAGACCAAGAGGACGAGGACUAAGAGGACGCGUCAGACCAAGAGGACGAAAACAAGGAGGACGCGUUGGACCAAGAGGACGAAAACAAGGAGGACGCGUUGGACCAAGAGGACGAAAACAAGGAGGACGCGUUGGACCCAAGAGGCCGCGUCGGACCAAGAGGCCGCGUCGGACCAAGAGGACGAAAACAAGGACUAUGCGUCGGACCAAGAGGACGAAAACAAGGAGGACGCAUUGGACCAAGAGGCCGCGUCGGACCAAGAAGAUGAGGACCAGGAGGAUGCGUCAGACCAAGAGGACAAGGACCAGGAGGACGCAUCAGACCAAGAGGACGAAAACAAGGAGGACGUGUUGGACCAAGAGAACGAAAACAAGGAGGACACGUUGGACCAAGAGGCCGCGUCGGACCAAGAGGACAAAAACAAGGACUAUGCGUCGGACCAAGAGGACAAAAACAAGGAGGACGCAUUGGACCAAGAGGCCGCGUCGGACCAAGAAGAUGAGGACCAGGAGGAUGCGUCGGACGAAGAGGACGAAAACAAGGAUGAUGCGUUGGACCAAGAGGACGAAAACAAGGAGGACGCAUUGGACCAAGAGGCCCCGUCGGACCAAGAAGAAGGGGACCAGGAGGACGCGUCGGACCAAGAGGACAAGGACCAAAAGUACACAGCGGAACAAGAGAACGAGGACCAGGAGGACGCGGACAAAAAGGAUGCAUCGAACCAAGAGGAUGCGACGGACCAAAAAGGACGAGGACCAGUUGGACCAGGAGAGGACACGUCAGAUGAAGAGGAUGAGGACCAGGAGGACGCGUCGGACCAAGAGGACCAGAAGGAUGCAUCGGACCAAGAAGACGCGUCGGACCAAGAGUAUGAGGACCAGGAAGAUGCAUGGGACCAGGACGACACGUUGGACCAAGAGGAUGAGGACCAGGAGGACGAGAACCAGGAGGAUGCUCAGAUUAGGUGGAGAAGGAGCAGGAGCACGCGUCGGACCAAGAAGACGAGUCGGACCAAGAGGACGAAGACCAUGAGGAUGCAUUGGACCAAGAGGACGAGGACCAGGUGGAUACGUCGGACCAAGAGGACGAGAACAAACCAGGAGGAUGCGUCGGACCAGGAGGACGAGGAAGACGCGCUGGACCAGGAGGAUGCGUCAAACCAAAAGGACGUGGCAGACCAAGAGGACGCGUCCUACCUGGAAUGGCGUGUUGGACCAGGAGGACGCGUCGGAUACGUUGAACAAGUGGAAGAGGCACAGGAGGAUAAGUCAGAGAAAGUGAAUGAGGACAAGGAGGAAGAUUAG